AUGACCCACCGGCCCUGUGCGCUCAGCCAGCUGCUCCAGCUGCUCCAGCUGCUCGCGCUGCUGCUGCCGCACUGUCCGGGGCGCAGCGCCGAUCUCGCGGUGGCGGCGGAGUACUCCUCCAAAACCGACUUGGACUACGAGUUCGCGGACUACCGGGGAAAGUGGUGCAUCGACGACCACGGCUUCGUCUACGGCAUCGGAGAGGUCUACUACCCGAGCCCCACGGCGUGUCCGUGCACGUGCACCGUGGACGGCCCCCUGUGCGUCCGACCCAAGUGUCCCCGCGUCCACCCCCGGUGCACGCGGAUCCGAUAUAAGGGAUGCUGUCCGGUGUGCGAGGCUAUGGCCAGGGUGUGUGUCUACAGGGGCAGGACGUACCGGCUGCUGGAGGAAUUCAGGUUGUCGAGGUGUGAGCGAUGUCGCUGCGGGGGCAACAGAGAGGUGUACUGCAGCAUUUCGGACUGCCCCGCCCCUCACUGCGUCAACCCCACCUACGAACCCAACCACUGCUGCCCCAUCUGUAAGACUGGUCCCAACUGCUUUGCUGGGAACAGGGUGAUCCCAGCAGGGGAGCGUGUGAACACUGAUGAGCAAACUGUUUGCUACUGCACCUACCGGGACGGGACAUGGCACACCCACCCCCAUGCCACCUGCGAACAGCGCCCCCGGCCCAGCCCGACGCCUGACGCCCGAACUGAGCUCCCUAGGGACGAGGACACCAAGGGGAGAGGGGGGAGACCGUUUAUUCCUAGACUGGAUGUGAUACCAUGA